AUGGCCAUGCAUACUCAAGAGUCAGUAGUAGAUGCAAUGAAACGAAACCACCCGUCCGAAUGCAGUGGUUGUGACUGCGAAGAGCAAGUGUUCCUUUCCCACUUCCACUUCCACGAGAGAGGCACCUACCAACGUCUCUGCGCGGAUUGUGUCCUCAAGAAAAGAUCUGGCUACUUCUGCGCCAUCUGCUUCGAAAUCUACGACCGACUUCCUCCUGUUGGCGAGCGCCUCAUGUGCGUGGACUGCCUUGCCAUCUCUCACCUCUCCUGCGUCGGCUCCAAUUUCACUCGUCUCUACAAAUGCCCUCCCUGUGCGAACCCUAAUUUCACUUUUUUCAACCCUAGAGGCUCAUCUGAGAAGAAGAACAUUGAAGGAAGUGAUGGAGGAGAAUCGGCGAAAACAGAGAGUAGCAGCAGAGCGAUCGAUAAGGAUUCAGUGAAGCAAUUAUUGGCUACUGCAAAACUUUCAUUGGCAUCGAUGGACAAAGCGGCGUCUGUUGCUAGAGUUGAAGUCCAGAAAAGGGUUAAGGAAGCCGUGGCGGCAAGGAAGAUGGCGAAGGAAGCGGUUGAGCGAAUCGCGUAG